AUGUGCUUUUCCGAACGCACUUGGUGGUAGGUAAUUUGUUUUCCAUGACUAAAGCUAGCCCUAUAUAAUCGCGGAGACUUGUUGUGAUAACUCGUUCGACUACAAAAUCCCGCAACUUCAACAGCACAUCGCGCGCAGGGACGUAACCAAAAAUGAUUCGAGCUGAUCCGCUUCACUUUAUUUUUCUUAUCCUAGUCAGUUCUCUUGGCCUUCUGCAACAAGUUGCAAGCCAGACAGCGCUCCAAUCUGAUCGAGCGAUCGAGGAAUCGUUCACCUGUGAAUGGGAAACCAAAACUUUAACCUGCCCCGAUGGACAAGGCAUUGUAAUUGAUUUUGCCAACUACGGCCGUACAACCCACCCAGUUUGCGUGAUGGACCCGGUGCGUGACGCACCCAAUACUUGUAGCACCCCGUCUCACACCAACUUUGUCGCGACAUUCUGCAAUGGCCGGUCGAAUUGCGUCAUCCCCGCUACCAAUUUUUUUUUUGGUGACCCAUGUCCUAACGUCUUCAAGUAUUUGCAAAUCAAGUACCACUGCGCUUGCCCAUCUGAAGUCGUCGAGUCAUUCACUUGCGAGUGGGAUUCCAGGACGUUAUCUUGUCCGAGUGGGAAAAGUAUCGUCAUUGAUUUCGCUAAUUACGGCCGCACUACUCACCCAGUUUGCGUGAUGGACCCGGUGCGUGAUGCCGUCAAUACCUGUUCAACUGCAGCGCACACGGGUAUCAUUGGCCAACGCUGUAACGGGAAAUCUAGUUGCGUCGUGCUGGCUACCAACGACUUUUUUGGCGACCCCUGUCCCAAUGUUUUCAAGUAUUUACAAAUCAAAUCUCAUUGUGCUUAAAUUUCACGGGAAAAAUGGAGCGUCUUAUUUAGGGGAAACUAUUGGGGCAUUAUACUAGGAUAUUGGUGGAAAUAAACGUCAUAGAACUCUAAUAAUAUUUUAUUUGUGACACAUCAAUAUCUGUCGUCAACUGAAAUAUUUCUGAUCUUGAAAGUUGCGGCCAAUUUUUGUCGGGUAAGAUGGUCGCACCAAACAGAUACGGAAGUCACAGCAUAUAAAAAGGAAAAGUUAUGGAUUCGCUAUGCCUUGAUACCUAUGGAUCCGGUUAUUACUUAUUAGUUAUUCAACCUUUUUUUAGCCAUCCAUCAAGGUGUCAGGUGUGUCAGUCGAUUUCCAAAUAAAUCCAUCAGGUUUUUCUUCUUUUAUCAUUCAAGUUCCUGUAUAUCAGAUAACCACAUAUACUGUAAAACAUGCAUCCGUAUUUUCACUUUCUUAUCAAUUUCUUUCUAGGAACUAUUCCUGUAAGGAGAGAAAUAAUCCUCUGGCGCCCGUUUGUUGCUGGCAUAAGAAAAUCAGUUAAUCACCAUUUCAAAUUUCACUAUUAUUCUUCCAGUCCUUCCGAAUGCAGUCAUAGACGGACGUUUUUCCUUACCUACAGUUUGUCGUUCCAUCAAUCAGUUGAUUCUGAUACUACGUCACGCUGGAGGAAAGUGUAUGUGGUCAUAAAGAGCCUUUUGGGAUUUUGAGAAUGCCGUUUUUAUUCGAACUCACUUAAAGCAUUUGGAAAGUUGAUGAGCCCUGGCGAAGGAGAACAACAGCGAAAGAAACGAAAGAAGAAAAGAAAACAAAAAUGGAAAAAACGAGUUUCGAGCCAAAAGUUUUAAUUCAUUGGAUUUUAAACAAAAGCUCAAAUGCCCUUGCAUUGAAGAAGAUUUAUUCAAAUGCCCUUAAUUAGAAAAUUUCUUAUUCGUCUCAUUUAGACAACCGUCAAUUGAUUAGAGGAACUUGGUUGAUUGCCCAUGAAUGCAGUCGAUCAGUUGCUCUUGGAAUACCUAAACGAAAUUUUCAUUUCAGUUAGUUUGUAUUUUAAAAGACAUCUUAGAAAAACUCCCGAAAAAAAAGGGUACUUGACUAACACGAAUAUAAAUAUCCACGUAUGCGCGGAUUGGGUAGACGAAGGCACGUCCCAGCAGCAGCCGCAAACAAAAAGUAAGUAGAAAGAAUGAACAUCAAAAACUGACUUUCACGUGAACUUUUCUCUGCUGGGAACGCCCAGCUCAGCAGUAUAGAACUCGGGCUAUUUGGCACAACCGUUUCUCUCUCGGCACAGCUGUUAUUUCAUUUUUUUUUUCUCGGCAGUCUUCGGUGAGCGACGAGUUGCGCUAGAAGUACCUUUUUCAUUCUGUGUUGCUGCCACUAAAAAGUUUUCCCGAAUUGCGCCUCCUUUCCUUUUCUGUGUCUUGAAAAUUGAACGAAGCGAAACGAUGAGGUGAUUGGAUGCCCAGAACAGUGAACACAGCAGCAGCCGCACUUUCUAAAAUAAUAAAAAAACUCCAUUUCCUUUUCUUUUAAGGUGAUGAAAGGAGUGUAAGAGUGAACAAGAAUUUUUUCAACUGAAAAU